AGAACUGUAUUCUUUAUGCUCUCGAUUGAUUGCUGAACGAUUUGACUGCAAAAAUAUUUCUGGGUUUACAGCAUAUGAUAUGGCAUUGACAUUAUUCAGGGGCUUAAGAUCAAAUUGUUUCCGUUCGUACCCACCGUCACUGUGUAUUACUAGAAAACAUGGCGUAUUGCAUUGUAGCAUGAGCAGUAGUGCACAAGGACAAACCGCAACGCAAGAAAAGCAACACGCCCAACUCAAAGACGUGCCAAAGAGAGAACCUUCGAAAAAAUUAGAAGAAGUCUUGAAACAUUACGAGGCAGUCAUAGGAAUCGAGACCCAUGUCCAGCUGGCGACUCUCACAAAGGCAUUUUGCAGCUGCCCUUAUAACUACGGGGCGCAGCCGAACACGAGCGUUUGUCCGAUUUGCAUGGGGUUGCCUGGAGCCUUGCCGGUUCUCAACUCAAAGGUUAUAGAGAGUGCAGUAAAAGUUGGUCUUGCACUAAACUGCAAACUCUCUCUUAGUUCGAAGUUCGAUAGGAAACAGUACUUUUAUCCGGACCUUCCAAAAGGGUACCAGAUAUCGCAAUUUGAUAUCCCGAUUGCAGCUGAUGGUUACGUUGAUAUCGAUCUUCCAAUUGAAUUUGGUGGUGGGCAUCGAAAAUUCGGCAUCACCAGAGUUCAUAUGGAAGAAGAUGCCGGAAAGUUGCUUCAUACUGGAAACGGCAAUUUUUCUCAGGUUGACUUGAAUAGGGCAGGAGUUCCGUUGCUCGAGAUUGUGUCUGAACCUGAUAUGAGAACAGGUGUCGAAGCGGCAGAAUAUGCUGCAGAGAUACAGAGAUUAGUUAGGUAUCUUGGAGUGAGUAACGGAAAUAUGCAAGAAGGGUCUCUUCGAUGCGAUGUUAAUAUAUCGGUUCGCCCGAUUGGGCAGGUGGAGUUUGGCACGAAGGUUGAAAUAAAAAAUUUGAACUCGUUCUCGUCGGUAAGUAGGGCCAUCGAUUUUGAGAUAUUAAGGCAAGUCCGACAUAUCGAUGAAGGCCAGGCUGAGAAAAUCGUACUGGAAACUCGUCUCUGGGAGGAAGGUGCUCAGAAAACUGUUACAAUGAGAAAAAAGGAAGGACUUGCUGACUAUCGGUACUUCCCGGAGCCUGAUCUUCCUGAAGUUAAUCUCAGUGAGGAAUACGUUAAUGAAAUUCGUAAUUCGUUACCUGAAUUACCAGAAACAAAGCGUAGGAGAUUUGAGAACAUGGGACUUAGCAUGCAGGACGUUCUUUUUCUUGCAAAUGACGUAAAUGUAGCUGCAUUUUUCGAUGCCACAAUAGCGUCGGGUGCCGAUGUAAAACUGGCUGCUAAUUGGAUAAUGGGUGAUAUUGCUGCUUAUAUGAAAAACGAGAAGUUGUCCGUUAACGAGAUUAAGCUCACCCCUCAAGAAUUAGGCGAACUGAUAGCCUCGAUUAAAGGUGGAACCAUUAGUGGAAAGAUCGGCAAAGAGAUACUGUUUGAGCUAAUGGCAAAGGGUGGAACUGUGAAAGGGCUUAUUAAAGAAAAGGAUUUGGUUCAGAUUACGGACUUGUCUGAGAUCGAGAAAAUAGUGGAUAGAGUACUUGCAGAAAAUCCGAAGCAGUUGGAGCAGUAUCGAGGGGGUAAAACGAAGCUACAAGGAUUUUUUGCAGGCCAGAUAAUGAAAGAAACGAAAGGGAAAGCAAACCCGGGGAUUUUGAACAAGAUACUUCUCGAAAAAUUGAAUGCAAAAGCCUGAUGCUUUCUUUUUCACUAGCUUCUUGCUCUAGAUUUAUAUUUUCACUGAAUAAUACUUAUGAUAUAUUUAUUCUUGGAAUCCGAAAAAUGGAGUAAAGUACACAUGCAUUUUUAUUGUUUUAGGCUUAGUCGAGGUUUACAGUUUCGACUUUCGAUUGGCUACGAUAAAAA